UUCCAACAAAGCUGCCCCAGUCUGCGCUGCCAGUGCAGAACUUGACAGGUUCUGUUCACAGGGUAGUGAAGAGACUAUCAAAGAAAGUUAUCAUUGAAAUAGCGAUUUUUGACUUUAUAAUUUUUUUGGAAGUACCGAAGACUGGAGACAUGCCCAGUCAUUUCAGACAUGUCCUUAAUCCAUCUUCAGUCCAUUUUAGGCAUUCAGUAGAAGAAGGAUAUAAGUAGAUGAGUACAGGAAAAGCAAAAGAUUAUGAUUCAUGAUUAUCACAGAAGAAAUUCAUGUCUAUAGCUCUUAAGGACUUGACUACAUCAUCUUUAAACCUGAUAGUUUUGGAAUCCAUAUUGCAGCUGCAAAGACACGUCUGUUUUUUGCAUUUCAACAAACAUCUUCCCUGUCAGAAGAUACCAAAACUGAAGUGCUCUGUUUUAACACAGUGAUAACCAUUGGAUCAUUUUAAGACCUGUCAUUAAAAAAUUUACAGUAAUAUAUUUGCUAGCCAGACCAACACCAAAAUGAUUCCUAAUGGGUAUUUGAUGUUUGAAGAUGAAAACUUCAUCGAGUCAUCUGUUGCCAAACUAAAUGCCUUACGUAAAAGUGGUCAGUUCUGCGAUGUCCGUCUCCAGGUAUGUGGACAUGAGAUGUUGGCGCACCGAGCCGUGCUAGCUUGCUGCAGUCCCUAUCUGUUUGAAAUCUUCAAUAGUGACAGUGAUUCUCAUGGAGUUUCCCAUGUUAAAUUCGAUGAUCUUAAUCCAGAAGCUGUUGAAGUUCUGUUGAAUUAUGCCUAUACUGCUCAGUUAAAAGCUGAUAAAGAACUGGUGAAAGAUGUAUAUUCUGCAGCAAAGAAGUUGAAGAUGGAGAGAGUUAAGCAGGUUUGUGGUGACUAUUUGCUCUCCAAGAUGGAUGUUCAGAGCUGCAUCUCUUACCGAAACUUUGCCAGUUGUAUGGGAGACUCACGUUUGUUGAACAGGAUCGAUGGGUACAUUCAGGAACAUCUUUUACAGAUUUCAGAACAGGAAGAAUUUCUCAAACUUCCACGGUUAAAGCUUGAAGUAAUGCUGGAAGACAAUACUGGCCUACCCAGCAAUGGCAAAUUGUACACAAAGGUAAUCAACUGGGUACAGCGCAGCAUCUGGGAGAAUGGAGACAGCCUGGAAGAUCUAAUGGAAGAGGUUCAAACGCUGUACUACUCAGCUGAUCACAAGCUGCUUGAUGGAAAUCUGCUAGAUGGACAGGCUGAGGUGUAUGGCAGUGAUGAUGACCACAUUCAGUUUGUGCAGAAGAAGCCACCACGUGAGAAUGAUCACAAGCAGAUCAGUAGCAGCUCCUCUGGAAGUCUUUCUCCAAAUGCUACUGUUCAGAGUCCUAAACACGAGUGGAAAAUCAUUGCUUCAGAGAAAACUUCAAGCAACACCUACCUGUGUCUGGCUGUCCUGGAUGGGGUGCUAUGCGUCAUAUUCCUGCAUGGCCGUAACAGCCCGCAAAGCUCUCCCACGAGUACGCCGCGCCUGCUGAAGAGUCUGAGCUUUGAGCUUCAACCCAGCGACAUCAUGGAGAAGCCCAUGUCGCCGAUGCAGUACGCUCGCUCAGGGCUGGGCACUGCCGAGCUCAAUGGCAAGCUCAUUGCCGCAGGUGGGUAUAACAGAGAGGAGUGUUUGCGCACGGUGGAAUGCUAUGACCCGCAGAAGGACACCUGGACUUUCAUUGCGCCGAUGAGGACGCCGCGAGCUCGGUUCCAGAUGGCAGUGCUCAUGGGGCAGCUCUAUGUUGUGGGGGGGUCAAACGGUCACUCUGAUGACUUGAGCUGUGGAGAAAUGUAUGAGCCAGAAAUAGAUGACUGGACACCCAUUCCAGAACUGAGAACCAAUCGCUGCAAUGCAGGAGUAUGUGCCCUGAAUGGAAAACUGUACAUUGUUGGUGGUUCAGAUCCUUAUGGCCAAAAGGGACUGAAGAACUGUGAUGUGUUUGAUCCUGUGACAAAAUCUUGGACAAGCUGUGCUCCCCUUAACAUCCGGAGGCAUCAGUCCGCAGUGUGUGAACUGGGGGGAUAUUUGUACAUCAUUGGAGGAGCGGAGUCGUGGAACUGUCUGAACAGCGUGGAGCGCUACAACCCAGAGAACAACACCUGGACCCUGAUUGCGCCCAUGAACGUGGCUCGGCGAGGGGCGGGAGUGGCAGUUCGUGAUGGAAAACUCUUUGUCGGUGGUGGCUUUGAUGGCUCUCAUGCGGUGAGCUGUGUGGAGGUGUACGACCCUGCCAGGAACGAGUGGAGGAUGAUGGGCAGCAUGACUACUCCGAGGAGCAACGCCGGGAUCACCACAGUGGCCAACACUAUUUACGCAGUUGGGGGAUUUGAUGGCAAUGAAUUCUUGAACACAGUUGAAGUCUACCAUCCAGAGUCAAAUGAAUGGAGCCCCUACGUAAAAAUUUACAAGUGAAUUAACUUCCCUUUUCAAACUAA